AUGGGCAGGAAAAGUAGAAAGAAACAAAAGACAAGAGCACAGAGGAAUUCAGCAGGCUCACCAGGAUGGGAAUCAGCAACCGAUCGCAACGACCUCAUGAGUGGAGGAGAAGGCAGCAACAGCAAUCGUGAUAGUCGCCAAAGUUCACCUGGUGCCGUCGAUCGCACCGAUGAUCAAGCCAUCGCAAACGGGGAUGACUUUAUCUCUCUCAGUGUGGGUGACGACGACGAUAGCAAGAAGAACGAUUCUCGACAAGCCAAACGUCGAAAGGAGCGAGAACGUAUGAAGGAGAACCGCAAACGCAAGCGUGCCUAUGAUUCGGAUAGCGAAGAUGAUGAUGGAAUUGGUGCUUUCCCAUGGUUGGAAUGGAUGCCAGAUACCGUACCUGGACCUCUAAAUGUCGAUAAGCUGUUUGAUCAAGAGGUGCAAAGCAUUGUGCGCUACUUGGAACCUACCAAGGGUGAAAAGCUUUUGCGUGAUUUCCUUGUAUACCGCAUCAAAGAGACAAUCGAAUCAGCAUUUCCUGGAUCAGAGGUGGAAGUAUUUGGAAGCUUUGCCACAGACAUGUAUUUGCCAAAUAGCGAUAUUGACAUGGUGGUCCAAGGAUCAGGUGUGAACUUGAGACUCAUUGCCAGGCGAUUAGAGAGAGCAGGGAUUGCGGACAAUAUGCAGAUGAUUUUACAUGCACAGGUGCCGGUCAUCAAAUUUGAAGAUUCCCUUACCAGGAUCAAGGUGGAUAUCAUCACAAACUCUGAUUCAGGCAUAAAGGCUGCCGAAUGUAUCACGUCAAUGAUGCGCAAGCAACCAGGGCUAAGGCCGUUGACAUUGUUGAUCAAGCAUUACCUCAUGCUGAAGGGGCUCAAUGAAGUAUUUUCUGGUGGAAUGGGAGGUUAUGCCAUUGUUUGUAUGGUGAUGAGCUUCUUGCAGAUGCAUCCCAAGAUAUCCACGGGUCAAAUCGAUCCACUCAAGAACCUAUCCACGCUAUUGAUUGAAUUCUUCCAGCUGUAUGGUUUAUUGUUCAAUUUGGAAGACGUUGGUAUAUGUGUGAAAGGAAAAGGACAAUACUUUGAAAAGAGGAAUAUUCUUAGCCGACAAGGUCGACCGCUAUUUACCAUCCGUGACCCUAUGAACCAUGACAAUGACCUUGGUAUGAAGUCAUACAAUGCCUUUUCAGUGGUUCGACAAUUUCGAUUCGCAUACUCCAGCAUGACGUUUAAGAUAUUUGAUCUCGAAGAAAACAGCCACAAUCAUCACCGCUAUUAUCCACGCAAAGACGUAUCACUUUCAAUAUUAUCAAAAGCCUUCUGUAUCCCAACAAGCAUGGUGGAACUACGUGCACAGAUCGAUAAGUUGUUCAAGUCACGAACAUGGGAGCAAGAUCCAGAUGCAAAACCGUUCCUUGAAUCUCUACAACAAGAAUAA